ACAGUGAUCCUGGGGCAGCAGACGGAUUUCCGAUGAUUGCCGAGCGGUGAGAGGAAACGGAAUGUGACAGCGCAUCGCUGUCUGAGGCGAAUCGCGCGGCACCAUGAGCGAGGAUUUCAGCGGCUCCAUGACUCCCCCGCUCUCCCCCUAUGUCACGGAGAGCCUGGAGCUGGAGGGGGACGAGGAGUGCGCCCUCCCCCACUUCUCCUGUGUGUCUAACAGCUGCAGGGAUGGCGGGAAAUCCUUCUCUAUGGAGUCCUAUCUAACAGCCGGCUCCCUAAAACGGCUGUUAUUGAGACUUGAUCCCUCUCCAACAGACUUUGAGUUGGAUACUGUAGAGAUCUUUGGAUUUCAGUGGGUAACUGAAACAUCUCUAGUGGAAUCGACUGAUCUUCUUUUUGGGUUGCUCAGACAAAAAUUAGGUACCUUAGAAAGUUUAUGUCAGCCUCUCUCGUAUGACUUUGGACAAGUCGGUAGCAUACAUGCAGAGGCGGAUGAAAUUAGAAACCAGUGCAUCCGGUUCUUACAUUAUGUGAAAGUAUUUAUAUAUCGGUAUGUGGAGCCCCCAAAACAGCUGGAUGAUAUCCAUGUUCAUCCAUAUGAGGAAUUAGAGACACAGCUUCCCUCCAAGCUGAUAGAAGAGCUACAUGGUUUGAUUUUGUAUAUUGGACAUCUCCAUGAACUCCCAAGCAGCCUGCUAGGGGCCUUCACUAUUCAACAUCAUGGGAAGGUGCUUCCCGCCACUUGGCAUCUUCUCCAUCUUCAUUUAGAUAUUCACUGGUCUAUUUUAGAAAUCCUUCAUCUUUUAGGAGAAAAAAUGCAAGGGCAAAUUGUGUAUGCGCAUCAGUUCAUAAAUCUGAUUGGUGAAAACUUAACCAGCGUGAGUCUGUUUGAAAGCCAUUGUGAAAAUUUAGUAUGUGAUCUCAUUGGUCUGGCAGCAAGUAGAUAUACAAAGGUGCGACCCUCAGAUGCUCUUAAUAGCCAUCCUUAUCCAUGUGUGUGUAUCAAAGAGCUGUGGGUUCUAAUCAUUCAGUUUCUUGAUUACAGAAGCAAGGGUUCUUCCUCUGAGUGUUUUUGGGACUUGAUAAAUAAAUUAUUAAGGAACCUUCUUCAAGAAUCCAGUGGUACAGAAGCCCACCAGAUCUGCCGUGUGGUGCAGUGUAAAGAUUCAUUGGGUCUCUGUUGGUGGCUUAUUUCACACCUCUCCUCACUUUAUAAGUUUGACAGAAAUGGGAGUCAAGAAGAGCUGAUUCAAACUGUCUCAAACUGGAAGUUUGUUGAAGAACUUUUGAAGAAAUCCAGUUAUGGGCAGAGUUCUAUCUUAGAAGACCAGCUUCGCAUGCACCUUCAGUGCUGCUUGUUUUUAUGUGGCAUCUGGGAACCACACCUGUCCACUGUAACCAUACUGUGGGAGUAUUACAGCAAGAAUCUGAACAGUUCAUUUAAUAUCUCCUGGCUUGGCGUGAAAGUACUGGCCAGUGUCAGUAAAACCCCUUAUUCCAUGUUGGAAGUAGUGAAAUGCUGCUGUGCUGAUGAACAAAAUGCUGACCUGUACAAGACUGAUAACAGCUACCUCAUUUUCUUGCGGAUCAUGGCGCGCCUGAUGAAAAAAGCCAAAGAUAGCAGUGGGACACAUCCAUGGAAACAAAUUAAAGGAAGAAUCUAUUCUAAGUUUCAUCAGAAGAAGAUGCAGGAACUCACCGAAGUUGGGCUGCAGAACUUUUUUACACUCUUCCUUUUGCUUGCCACCGUUGCAGAGACUGAAGAUGUUGCAAGCCGAGUGUUAGAUUUGUUAAAUUGUCUUCUCCCGAGUCAUAUAAACACUGCUCAGAGAAACCUUGUGUGGAGGGGAAAUUUUGCUUUUCUGCUAAUAUUUGUGGAGAAAAAUAUGGACAUUAGUGCACUGGCAGAAAAACUAUCGCACAGCUUCCGAGAAACUGCCAAAGAAUUCUUGGUGUCAAAGGGGGACUAUGGUCAGAAGCAUACACUUUGGACACUGCUCUCUACUUAUGUUGAUGGAGUCCAGGAGGUGUUUGAAACAAGCCACUACCUGCAGCUUUCUGAGGAAAAGCUACUUAAUGAUGGAUUCAGCAUGUUGUUGCCAGCAUGUCGAGAGUCUGAGCUAAGUGCAGUGCUGAAUUUUCUUCAAACAGCAGUAUCUCGACUAAGAAGUGUCCACAGCCGUGCAGCCCAAGGACAUUGGAAUGCAGGUCCCCUUGCACAUUCCUUGACAGUGGUGAAAGAGCGCCACCUAGCUGUGGCCGGUGCUCUCUGGAGAAAUUUCUUCCCCUUUUUGAAAAGCCUAAGACUUUCACAGACGCCUCCUUCCCAGCUAGCAGACACAGUUGCAGCCUAUACCUUGCUGGCUUUGGAUAUGCCAAGCAGUGCCCCUUCCGAGCUCCAGCCACAACCUGUUGUAUCAAUGAUGCAACUUUUUGGAUGGGAUGAUAUGAUUACACCUCAGCUAGUGUCCCGCUAUUUAAGUCAUCUAAUGCCAAACAGGACCUUGAUAGAAGCCCUUUCUGGCAUUGGUUUUUCAUCGUAUCAAGCACUGACACUUCGAGCAUGGAUUAGAUGCGUAUUGCAAAUGUUUAUCGAUCAGCCAGUUGGUGCAGUGAUAAGAACAGACUCUGAACAGACCUCAGUACUCACAGAGCAGCUUAGAGAAAUAACCAGAUUAGCAUUCAAGCUUCCAGAGGUGGGAAGCAUCUUAUCCAAAGGGCAGAUUGAACCAAAAUGUUACAAACAAGACCCCAAGAGCGCACUUCUACAAUUCAUUAAGGCAGCUGGUGUAACCUAUUGUGGCUUGCAAACUCUUGCAGAUAAGUCAUCUAUGGUGUCAAAAUGCCUGGAAUACAUUGGGGAUAUCCUAAAAUAUGUAAAACCGUACCUCUCUAAAAAGGAACCCGUGGAAGGCCUGCAGAUCACUUACAAAACCAUAGGAUGCCUUGUGAGGCACUGGGCAUUAAUACUGGCUACUUCCAAAGCCCAGCAGCUUCUGUUCCGUAUCAUUGAUUCCUUGCUCUUGCCACAUGCCUUGUUCCAGCAAGAUAAGAGUUUGCCAGCAUCCUUGCUUUCUGCUAUAAGAGAGAGCCUCCCACUUUUUCUGCAGGGUCUGUCCAUAAUAGCCAGUCAGUCUCAAUCACAAGGUGCCUAUGUGAAGCAACAGCUAAAAACAAUUAUUCAGCAAUAUUUUGGGAGAUUCCUUCCCAGUGCUCCAUCUGUUUCCGUCACAGGGAACCACCCCAUGGUUUUAGCAGUAUGUGAUCCCGCUCAGAGCACACACAUUGUGCAUCUUAGAAGGACAGUUAUGCAAAUCUUAAGUGAAUGUCACCUGCAGUUCAAAAGUCAUGCUCCACCUCCUCGUUUGGCCUCGAUCCUGUCUUUCAUCCUUGAUGUUAUCAAGAGAAGCAAGAGCAUUGAUACAGGAGACGUGGAAUAUAUUCUUCCUUCUGUUCUCAAGUGCUUGUUAUUGGUUAAUGAACCUCAAGUACGAACGCUUUCCACGGAUGUACUUCAGCACAUGGUUGAAGGCUUUCAAUGUCCCUCAGAAGGGGAGUGUACAACACCUAUAACAUCGGUCCUAAGAAAGUUUAUUCAAGAAAAUAUUACAAUGUAUGACCAUCAGAUAUAUAGCAUCUUAGAAACUAUAUCUGUAUUAGACCAGCAUCUUGUUAUCAACCUGAUUCCUACAGUCACUCAGAGCCUAAAGGAGUCAGAGCAUAAACGUGGACUAGGCCGGAAUGCUUCGUCAAGGGAGUCAUAUAGAAGGUUGCUGUCUCAGUUAGGUGAACAUGGACAAGCAGAGAUACAGAAACUUUAAAAUUAAAAACCUUUUCAUCUUUUCAACAUUCUCCCAAGUGGAACCCUGGAAAACAAAAACAAAAAAAGUCCAACAACUAUUCGCAAUAAUACUACUAGUAAUAAUAGUACGAGAACUUGUAAUGCUCUAAAAAUGCCGGUUCCGUCAAUACCCUCUCUUUUCUUUUAUCUGUAAAAUGAAGUGAUGUUUGUCUUUUGAUUUUAUCUGGACUGUAAAUACAUAUUGGGUUGUAAAUCCUGCCAAAUCCAUUGUUAAUAAAUAUUUUUAUAAUGUUAA